AUGACGAGUUGGCUGCAUGCGGUUACUUUGGUGACUUUGUUUCUCCUUGGGUUCGGAUUUGACCUAAAUGACCCCAAAACCAACCUCGAAUCAGUUCUCCGCACUUCUGCAACACUGGCUUCCCAUGUAGACGUCGUUAACUAUAUAAACGGCACUGUUUAUGGCAGACGACCCGGAGAAACUGUCACCAAGUUGUUCUAUUUUGAGGGGUACAAUAUUGGCCAGAAAUAUCCAACAGGUGACGGGAACUACAUGUCCCUGUCAAGGGAGUUCCUUGUCUAUCGUGACAUUCACACCGGACAUAUAUUGCAGGUUUUCCAAAAUCCCUUUUCUGGUGUGCCGAAUGAAGUCUUCUACGUCUCUAACGACCCCGUCAAUGGCGAAUUUCAGCUUGGAAGCUUAACGCCAUUUAUUCUUUUGUCGGAAAAUGUUGUUGCAUUUAACCUGGAUUUUGUGUUGGAGUACCCCAAUGCUUUAGACCCUGAGAAGUAUCCGAAAUUUUCAGCUGGUAAAUUUUAUAACUCGGUUGAACUGUUCUCGUACUUUGCUAACUACUCAGCUCUUGCAACAACCAAUGCUUCGAGUGUUGACGAUGUGAAUACUUGGUCGAGGCAUUCUCAGUUUUUACCUUGGUUAGAAAUGGCAACAAUACCAGGAUCUUUGUUUUAUACCACAUUGACAUGGAAAUGUGAAUCACUUUCAUGUGUGUCACGUGAUAUUAUGGAAUUAAUAAAUUCUACAUUUCCAAAAUACAGACAAGCACCUAAAACAUAUGAGGAACCAAAUGAAACGUCAUGGACACAGUUCCAAAAAGCCAUCGACCAGCGACGUGCGGAGGGAAAACCUGACAUUCUUAUUCCCACUGUUAAUAUUACUCGUCCAGACAGACCAAUUGCACCAACUGUAGACGAGAGGAUUCUGCAAGUUUUGAUGAAUAAAACGCUCACUUUGAACUACAACGGGAGUUCCUUUACUCAAAUCCACAGCCAACAAAGUGUGAAAUUUUUCAAUGUAGAGGGACAAAUAUCGUUUCAAAUGAAAAAGUCACAAAAUGGAGAUUUCCUGAUUUCUUUAAAAGACAGAAGAAUAUACAGAAACGUCACCGACGGCAAGGUCAUGACGUCAUUCAAUAAUCCUUUGACACACAUCACAGUUGAUAUACCUCGCAAUGUGCAAUCUAUGAAUCUGACCAUUCAUGCUGAUGAUACAAUGACUAUGGAAAUCCCGAAACCAAAGGCUAUCGGUCUUUUGAUGACUCAUUCAAAGAGCAUUACAUUUGGACCUUCAACGGUAAAUGAAAGAUGGUCGGUGACAAACAUACAAGCUAUAUUCCAAGAGUCGUUCUUGCAGGAUAGAAAACCAUAUUUCUAUGGAACAAUUUCCGAGUUUUCGAGUUGGCCGCUUUGGAUGAAAAUGAAUAAUAGCAUAUCAGGAAAUCUUGUGACAAAGGUUACUUUUGGACGAUCAGUUCAUGGCCAUCAUCAGUGAAAUCAAUAUGUAAUAAUUUUGAUAUUCUAUAUACAUUCCUUAUAUUGGUAAACGGUAAAGAUUUGAAUGCUUGUAUAAAUACCAUGCAUUUUCUACUUGGAAACAUUAUAUUAAAAGUUAGUUGAGU